AUGUCGAUUUCAAAAAAAAGUGAUAAAUAUAGUCAAAAGUAGAUUGAAAAUAAAUGGAUUGAUAAAAUAGUCUGUAAAAAUUACAAAAUACUAAGUCCAUUAAAUUAAGGUUUUAAAUUGUUCUAAGUUAAUUACUAGGUACUUUUGGUCACAUCUAUUUGGCAAUUCAUCAAAUUAAAUAAGAAUAUUAUGCAGUUAAAAUAUUGUCGACUGGAAAAAACCCAAUUCUUGCUAAAUCUGUGAAAAAUGAAGUAGAUGUGCUUUAUAAAUUAAAUGGCCAUGUUGGAUUUCCUCGCUUAUAUUAUUUCAUUUAGAAUGGAACUGAAAGCGUGAUUGUGUAAACAUUAUUAGGAUAGAACUUAUAUUAAUUAUUGAUGUAAACUCCAAAAAAAGUAUUUUCUUUAAAAACUGUUCUGAUGUUCCUAGAUUAAGCAAUAGAACGAUUAUAAUAUUUACAUAUGAAUGAUUACAUACAUAGAGAUAUAAAACCAGAGAAUUUUAUGACAGGUUUAAAGGAAGAUGAAAUAUAUCUGAUUGACUUUGGAUUUACAUCUAAAUAUAGAGAAUAAGGAUAACAUAUAGAGAGAUAGAAAAAUGAAAAUAUAAUUGGAACUCCAAGGUAUUUAAAUGAUUAACUUUGAUAAGCCUAGAUUUUGCCCAAUCUGUUCUCAUUUGAGUUUAUCUUAAAAUAGAGCGAGUGAUUUAGAAAGUUUAGGAUACUUGGCAAUCUACUUUUUAAAAGGAUCACUACCAUGGAUGCAUAUACAUGCAGAAACUCCAGAAGAAAAAAUUAAACUUAUUGGAUAAAAAAAGAUUAAUACAUCUAUUGAAGAAUUAUGGUAAUCUAAUUAUAAUUAUAAAAUAUAGUUCUGGAUUACCUAAAACAUUUGAAGAUUAUUUUAAAUAUAUUUAAAAUAUCUCUUUUGAUGGAGAUCCUAAUUAUGACUAUAUUUAGAAAUCUUUUAAAAAAUUAUAUUAAACUUUAGGAUAUCCUUUUGAUUAAAAAUUUGAUUGGACUAAAGAAGAAAAUAGAAACUCACAUGAUAUUGAAUAAAAUACUAAAUAACAACAUUUUCUAGAUGUCGGAAGAAAAUCAUUUACUGCAGAUGUGAAUAUUGAAGUCUUGCCAUCAUAAAUUUAAAAAAAGUAAGGAUAAAUUUAAUAAUCAUUAGAAAAAUAGAGAGAAUUCAUCAUCUUAAAAUUCAAGAAGAAUUAUUCCUGACUACUGAUCUACAAUAAGAAGAAAUUUAAGAGUUUGAACCAGGAAGAACAUUAUUUGAUAGAAUGCAAUAGAUAAAUAAACAAUAGUUAAAAAAAUAAAAAUGA